AUGAGUUCUCAGACUGUUUUUGUGACCGGAGCUACUGGUUAUAUUGCUCAACAUAUCAUCCUUCAAUUGUUAAAGAAGGGAUAUCAUGUUAUUGGACAAGUUAGACUGGUUGCUAAAGGUGAAGCUUUGGAAAAAGAUUUCAGUGAUAAGAAUUUCUCUUAUGAAAUUGUUGAAGUCUUAGAAAAAGACGGUGCCUUUGAUGAGGUUCUUACAAAACAUCCUGAGGUCACAGUAUUUCUUCACACUGCUUCCCCAAUCACAUUUGAUGUUGAAGAUAAUGAAAAGGAUAUGUUGAUUCCUGCUGUGAAUGGAACAAAGAAUGUACUUUCUUCUAUCAAGAAAACUGCUCCUCAAAUUAAAAGAGUAGUGGUGACUAGUUCAGUACUUUCAGCAGCUAAUUAUUCUGAUUUUGGCGAUAAAUCGUUUGCUUGUGGUGAAGAUCAAUGGCUUAAGACAACAUACGAAGAAGCUAAAACGUCUGAUGCCGCUACUGCUUACGCUGUAUCUAAGAAAUAUGCUGAAUUGGCUGUUUGGGACUUUGUCAAGGAAGAAAAACCUAAUUUCAAAGUAACUACAAUCUUACCUGCUUACGUUUUUGGACCACAAGCUUUUGAGUCUGGAGUAAAAAACUUAAACUUAACAGCUGCAAUGGUUGCAAAUGCUUUAAAGUUAAACAAGACCGACCCAAUACCUGUGGUUACAGGAGUAAAUAUUGAUGUUAGAGAUAUCGCAUUAGCACAUAUUCUUGGUUUUGAAAAGGAAGAAGCUGCAGGUGAAAGACUUUUUGGGGUGUCUGGUAGAUUCAUUUAUGAUGAAAUCGUUGAUGACAUUCGAACAAACUUCAAGGAGUUUGAUGAUCAAUUACCUCGUACAAAGAAAAUAUCAAGUGAUUUCUAUGAUCAAUGGGUCAAAUUUAAUGAUGUUAAAUCAAGAAAGAUAUUAGGCAUUAAAUAUAUCCCAUUGGAAAAGACUGUAGUUGAUUCUAUAACACAAGUAUUGGAUUACCAAAAGAAACAUGGUUAG